CGAAGAAAUUUACUAAUUUUUUUUCGUGUAGCUGAGAUUCCCAUCAUCCUCUUGGCAGAAGAACAAAAUGGCGGGCGUUCAAAUUUCUAAAAUUCUGACUCUUGUCAAAUGUUUAGGCUGAGUUGCCUCCGAUGUCGUGGCCUUUCUGCUACCAAACAUCAUCAUCACAGAUACCACAUUGCAAGUUGUGACCAGGACAGUAUGGCUUCACACAUAGUCUGCCAUGGUAACGAGCACCUCCCUCGAUCCUUCCCGCCUCCUCUGCCAUCAGCCAAGGACCACGGCAUUGUCUCUCAGUUGGGCAAGGACCAUUUACUCUCACAGACAGAACCCAAGGUUCAAGUUCAGGAGGCAGACAUCAUACCUAUGCACAUUGUCCCUGCUCCUGUGCCAAAAUCUGACAUCAACUUAGCAGAUCCAGACCUGUUAGUGACACCAGAGAAAAGAGACGGAAAGUUGAAAGACGUUGUGUCAGUACGACCAAAGUCGUAUCCUUACAUUGUUAAGGAGCCUAGAGUGGAAAGACAUAUGCCUGGACUGAGGAGGGUCAGGUUUGAUGUAGCAGAUAGUGUUAGCGAAGGAUCAGAUCAAAGUGAAGAAGACUCUGAGGUGACAUUUCAGAGGACCAGAGUUGUGAGGAGUGGUCAACCAAAGGUACAAGUCAGUAGGCACAGGAAAGCUGUACAGGGCAGAUGUGUGGUUGGCACAAAUGCAGCAGAGGAAUGUGUGCUGGCCAGACCAGAGUUUAACACUACGUUAGCACUGGGAAAGGAACUUCAAGCACUGAAUAUUAUUAUUGUAAGACAUGCACUUAACAUACUACAUGUAUCUUCUUACUGUCCUCAGAAAUUGAACUUUGGCGAGUUUGAUGCCAAAGCAGCUGCCCUGGAGAAACUGAAGACAUCAGAACAGGUGCAGGAAAAGGUGUCCGAGAAAAGUGCAGAGGGGGUCAACAUUGCACCUGCUGAACAGAAGUAUAGAGACCUGGUGAGCCUGGAUGUACCAGUACAGAGUGUACUGGAAGCAGCAGUGGAGGAAAAGUUAUCCAUGGUGAAAGAUGUCAGACAUGAGAGACCUCAGGUCCAAGAAGAGCCAGAUAUCAUGGACUUCUUCACAGAUGACCUGAUGUUUGAGUCAGCUGACUACAGCACCACACACAUCCCUCCUGUCACAGCCAGUCUUCAGACUGCACCUCCUCACAUGACCUUUGACCUCUACAGGCACAUGCAGAUGUGGGAGGGUUGAUGUCUUUAUUGUAGAUUCUCUCUACCUCUAUUUUGUUCAAUACAUAUGAUAGAUAUGAAAUGAACUGAAAAUGGUAUGAAAUUAGUAGAUAAGGAUUUCUUCUGCCAUAUGAAGAGCAUGUACAUAGAUAGUUUAUCUGUUACUAAAAUAAGCUAGGUUAUGACAUAAUUCUAUUUAUUUCCUCCCAUUUACAGUGAUAUGUAGAUAUUGGUCCUGUUUCUGACAGGCAGGAAUUGCCUGUUUGCACAUUUAUCUGGUUAGCAUUCCAAUCUAAGUAAAUUGUGCGGGUCCAAUUUUCUUGAUGGAGUUACUACCAUUCAUCAUUGUAUAUUUACCCACAUGGCCAGUUUAUUAUUGCUACAUUUAUUUCUGUUUGCAUUGUUUUACAUUAAAAGAGGCUACUUUGAAAGUAUUUUAGACUUAUUAGAGUUAGCAGUACUGCUGUGGCCACAUAGGAUAAAAACAGCACUACUGUGUGUGCUACAACUUACAGGACUAUGUACAAUAUAACAUUUACUUUGGUAGCACGUGUGUUGAAUGAAAUUUGUAUAAAAACACCCUGGAGGCUGUGAAGAUGAACCAACCAUCUUCUGUGUUUCAGUGCCUUUUAUUCUUGAACCCUUCCUCUUGUUUGUACUGUGCAGUACUGCUGUAACAUGAACACUAACGAAAUCAAGUCAAGUAGUAUGAGUACAUGUAAACAAUGACAGUAUAAAGUAAAUCUAAAUAUAUAUGCAUGCAUCUGCAAGAGUAAAGAAACAUGAACAUGUAUGAACUAGAAACAUGCAUUUAUGAAUGGAACAUAAGUAUGAGUCUUAUACUUCAAACAACAAUAUAUGUGAUAGCAGCAUAAAGGUCCAAUGGUUGUUUACAGGUAGAUUAAACUCUACAAUUGGGGAAAAUAUCAAAUUAAAGUUUUAGAGU